CUUGCUCAAAUUCGAUGAGUACUUUUCCCGGUUGAACUAACUCAUGAUGUAUUAUUACACUUGCACUUCCAGAACACCUUUUAUUUUCAAAGUACAUCAAAACCGUUUGUAAUUGGAGCUUACCAAAGCAUACUUCCAACAACUCCGAUUCUUUAUCAUCCUCAUCUUUCAAGUGGUACAUUGUGGCAUUAAAUGGAUCUUCAACAUCAUAAUGAUCCUGUCGUUGUUGGUUGCUGGGUGCGAGUCUGUGAAGUGGCAGUUGGUGGCAAUCAUUACCAUUAUUCCAUUUGGAAGACGUCGGCGUCUGACUGCUAUCAGACAAUUCACGAUCAGUAUUUUGUGAUGUUCGACAUUGCUGCUGUUGGUUGCCAAGUCUUGGAUCAUUUUCUUCCCUUUGCUCAAAAACGGCACAGGCUCUAUCCUUGCUACUUGACCGGCAUAGUAUAGACCUACAUCUGAAGUUGUGCAUGUGAAUGUUUGGCAUUUCUUGGCUAAAGUCUUCUAUACCAACCCCAAGUUUUCAAAUUGAUUGCUACAUUUCAUUGAGAAUUAUGGAAGAUAUAUUUACCAGAUGUUACCUGGUUUCUGGCAACCGUUCAUCAUUGGGUAACGAUCAACUUGUAGGUUAUCUUGAAAAGAAUGGUUUAAGUUUUGACAAGCUUAUUCCUAUCACUGGAAGUAAACCUUUUAUUGCAUUGGCUAUUUUGAAAGAUCAGAAAGAUUUUGACAAGUUGUCAAAGAAGAAAUAUGAAGAUUUUCACUUUGAAAAAUUUCUUACAAUUGAAACUGCAAAAUCAGACUUCUGCACCAUUGAAUUGAGUAAAGUCAUUGCUGAACUUGCGAGAAGUUUGAAUUUUCGAGAAAUAAAACAAAAAUUACAGAGAAGUUACACAAGUAGUGAUGGCAGUCAGUUGGAUUUAGGUGAAUUGACCAGUAUUAUGUCUCUGAUAUCAGAACUAACUAAAAAUGUUCAAGAAUACCUCGGAGGUGUUUAUAAUGCUGAGUUUGCAAAUAGUGAGAAUUCUUCACAAAUCGAAACAACAAUUGAUGAUUUCAUCUCACAAAGUGUUGUUGUCACAGGAUUUCCAAUAGGAACAUCUGUAGACAAGAUUAAGAUUGCUUUGCAGAAAAGGAAAGAUGGUGGUGGUGAUGUGGAAUGUAUACAUCCAGUGGGGUCACUGACAGAUAGUGCUAUUGCAAUCUUCUCAGAACGUCAUGUGGUUGAUAACUUGACAGCUAAAGGAAUAAUGAACACUGACAGGUUUCCGGAUCACCAACUUCAGAUCAAAGCUCUGACAGACUAUGGUGAUCUCGACCACCAAUAUAUACUUGUCAGAGGUUUCAAAAAAUAUGAUGACAUCGACUCGACAAAAGACAAGCUUACUAUCAAGCUUCAGACGGAGAAAAUAGGAGGAGGUGAUGUAAAUGACGUAAUGGUUGGUCAAGCUGGAGAUAUUGCUUUAGUUGAGUUUGAUGAUAACUCAG